CGGUAAAAAGUUAGUGGGAAAUCUUUUGAAGUUUUGGAAAUCCUCCGCUACCAAAAUAAACGCAUAAACAUUAAACAGAGACGACUGACGAGCGGGUUGACAUUUGACAAUGGCGAAGCCAAAGGCGAGCAGGCACCAAUGGAGAAGAACCUCUACAGUGUCUCUGGUGCUCUCCAUGCUUCUCAUGAUUACGCUUGUUCUUCUGAUGCUUCUAGCUCUGGGAAUUCUCAACGUUCCUAUCGGAUCUGACGGCGAAUCCUCAUCCAUCCCGAGCCGCAUCAGAUUCAAGCGCACAGCCAUAGAUCUAGGGGAGGAGGAUGGUCUCGGGAAGAGAGGAGAACAAUGGACUGAGAUUCUCUCUUGGGAGCCUAGGGCUUUCGUUUUCCACAAUUUCUUGUCCAAAGAAGAAUGUGAGUACUUAAUAAAUUUAGCCAGGCCGCACAUGGCAAAGUCAAGUGUUGUAGAUAGCAAAACUGGCAAAAGUAAGGACAGCAGGGUUCGCACAAGUUCAGGAAUGUUUUUAAGGAGGGGAAGGGAUCAAGUGGUUAAAAGCAUCGAAAAAAGGAUAGCAGAUUAUACAUUCAUCCCUGUUGAGAACGGUGAAGGGCUGCAAGUUCUCCACUAUGAGGUUGGACAAAAGUAUGAGCCUCAUUUUGAUUAUUUCCUCGAUGAGUUCAACACGAAGAAUGGGGGACAACGCAUAGCUACUCUACUCAUGUAUUUGUCAGAUGUUGAAGAAGGGGGUGAGACGGUUUUCCCUUCAGCAAAAGGCAAUUUCAGCUCUCUUCCUGGGUGGAGCGAGAUGUCGGAAUGUGCUAAAAGGGGUCUCUCUGUGAAACCAAAGAUGGGGGAUGCCCUACUCUUUUGGAGCAUGAGGCCCGAUGUGACUUUGGAUCCCUUAAGUUUGCACGGUGGUUGUCCAGUGAUAAGAGGAAAUAAAUGGUCAUCUACUAAGUGGAUGCAUGUUGGUGAAUACAGUGUAUAAAUGUUUCUUUCUCUCUUCUUUGUGAUGAUCAAAUUCCAGAUUUGGAAUUGAAUGAGACCUAUUUGUAUAGUAUUUUACUUUUUCUAACUUCAUAAUAAUAAUAAAAAAUACAGUAUAAAAAUUUUC